GCGAGUGGGCAGUAGGUAAGAGCAGCAGGGUUCCAGUCACCAGCCAGAGCAGAGUUUUAAGAGUUAGUGGCCUCCUAAGUAGCUAGGAUUACAGGCAUGAGCCACCAGUGUCACCACCACCACAAUCAACAUACAAAACAUCUUAUGAAACAAAAAGUCCAUUUUUGCCCCCUUUCAGACUAGUCCUCAUCUCCAUGUAAACUAUCAUUCUCAUUUCUAACUUGAGAUUAGUUUUGCCUGUUCUUGAACAUUCUAUAACUGAAAUUAUGCAGUAUAUGCUCUCCCAUGUCUAAAUUCUUCUCAACAUAGUAUUUUUUAGAUUCAUUUGUGUUGUUGUAUGUAUCAAUAGUUCAUUCCUUCUCUGCUGCUGAAUGGAAGAGGCUCUCUCCCCUCUCAAAGCUGAAAUCACACCUUGUUGAAAUGAUAUGGAUAUAGCCCUUCAUGGUGGAGAAGUCCUCUGGGAUGCUCAGGACCAGAGCUGGAAAGCUGGGGUGAACGAUCAGAAAGCUGCAGCAUGAGGUUCACUGAGACUCCUGUGGACCCCUGACAUGACAUGUGUAUCAUAGAAGCAAGAAGAUCACACUAGUGAGAAAUGGGAAAUUACCGUUUCAUGAAACUCUUACUUACACGCAGAGCGAACUGGAUGCAAAAGGAUCUAGAAGAGAUGACACCUUUGCACUUGACCACCCGGCACAAGAGCCCUAAGUGCUUGGCACUUCUGUUGAAGUUUAUGGCACCAGGGGAAGUGGAUACACAAGAUAAAAACAAGCAAACAGCUCUUCACUGGAGUGCCUACUACAACAACCCUGAGCACGUGAAACUGCUUAUCAAGCAUGACUCCAACAUUGGGAUUCCUGAUGUUGAAGGCAAGAUCCCACUCCACUGGGCAGCCAACCAUAAAGAUCCAAGUGCCGUUCAUACAGUGAGAUGCAUUCUGGAUGCUGCUCCAACGGAGUCUUUACUGAACUGGCAAGACUAUGAGGGUCGCACGCCACUUCACUUUGCGGUCGCAGAUGGAAACGUAACAGUGGUUGAUGUUUUGACCUCAUAUGAAAGUUGCAAUAUAACAUCAUAUGACAACUUAUUUCGAACCCCUCUUCACUGGGCAGCUUUACUAGGCCAUGCACAGAUUGUCCAUCUCCUUUUAGAAAGAAAUAAGUCUGGAACUAUCCCAUCUGACAGCCAAGGAGCAACACCUUUGCACUAUGCAGCUCAGAGUAACUUUGCUGAAACAGUCAAAGUGUUUUUAAAACAUCCUUCAGUGAAAGAUGAUUCAGACCUUGAAGGAAGAACAUCCUUUAUGUGGGCAGCAGGGAAAGGCAGUGAUGAUGUCCUUCAGACUAUGCUGAGUUUAAAGUCUGACAUUGAUAUUAACAUGGCAGACAAAUAUGGAGGCACAGCUUUACACGCCGCUGCCCUUUCUGGCCACGUCAGUACCGUGAAGUUAUUGUUGGGAAACAAGGCUCAAGUAGAUGCCACUGAUGUCAUGAAGCACACUCCACUUUUCCGAGCCUGUGAGAUGGGACACAAAGAUGUGAUUCAGACACUUAUUAAAGGUGGAGCAAGGGUAGAUCUAGUUGACCAAGAUGGACAUUCACUUCUACAUUGGGCAGCAUUAGGAGGAAAUGCUGAUGUGUGCCAGAUAUUGAUAGAAAAUAAGAUCAAUCCAAAUGUGCAAGAUUAUGCAGGAAGAACCCCUUUGCAGUGCGCUGCCUAUGGGGGAUAUAUCAACUGCAUGGCAGUGCUCAUGGAAAACAACGCAGACCCUAACAUCCAAGAUAAAGAGGGAAGAACGGCUUUGCACUGGUCCUGUAACAAUGGAUACCUUGAUGCCAUUAAAUUGUUGCUAGAUUACGCUGCUUUCCCUAAUCAGAUGGAAAACAAUGAAGAGAGGUACACACCCCUUGACUACGCUUUGCUUGGUGAGCGCCAUGAAGUGAUCCAGUUCAUGUUGGAGCAUGGUGCCCUGUCCAUCGCAGCUAUACAAGAUAUUGCUGCCUUCAAGAUCCAGGCUGUGUACAAAGGGUACAAGGUCAGAAAGGCCUUCCGAGACCGGAAGAACCUCCUCAUGAAGCAUGAGCAGCUGAGAAAAGAUGCUGCUGCCAAAAAGCGGGAGGAAGAAAACAAGCGAAAGGAGGCAGAACAGCAGAAAGGAUGGCUGCGUCCAGAUUCCAGCAGACCCCAAGCCCUUCCUUGCCUGCGCAGCCCCAGCAGGCAGAGCAGAGCUCCCAGUCAGCAGCCUCCUGCAGAUCGCACAGCCCAGGGCCCUGAGCCCAGAGACAGCAGAGGGUCUCCAGGCAGUUUCCCAGCGAGAGCCCCCCGGAGGGAGCAACAUGUUUCCCCAGACCUCCAGAGAACAGAGUCCAGAAAGUCAAAGGAAACAUCCAGGGAACAUUCUAAAGGCUGCUCUGCCUGUGUCCUCACCAAACCCAGUGAAGGCAGUGAUGCAAACAGGUGUCGGGGAGUCUCCUCUCUGGAGAAGUGCAAAGGUGAGACAGCUGGUGAGCAGCAGAGUGAGAAGGGGAAAAGCAUGGAGAAGCAGCCCUCUUCUGCCGGGGUGGCUAGGCCUCAUGAAAGAGGCGAGGACCGCAGUCGUGUAGCUGCAAGCCUUAAACAGCAGGACAGCCACUGGAAGCCCGGCAGACGACAUGACUCAGCACUCAAGGCCAGAUGUGUUCCCCAGAAAAGGCAUGGUCAAGAGCUCAGAGGAAGGUGCUCCCCAGCAGGGUCCAGCCGGCCUGGCACAGCCAGGGGGGAGGUAGUCCAUGCUGGGCAGAAUCCUCUCCACCAUCGCAUACCAAGAAGCAAGGUGACAUUGACACAGAAGCCCCCAGAAGGGGUCUAUUCAGAUUUGCCACAGAGCACAGAAGAGAUAAGGUCAGGAUCCAGGAAGCUGGGGACAUGUCCUAUGUCUGAGGACAGUCAGGUAUCUAAGGAGACUGAUCCAGCAUCUGGGCCCCUUUCUGGGAAAAGUAUGAAUAUUGACCUUCUCCCUGUAGAGCUCCGCCUGCAGAUAAUCCAGAGGGAAAGAAGCAGGAAGGAGCUGUUCCGCAGAAAGAACCGGGCAGCUGCGGUCAUCCAGCAUGCCUGGCGAAGCUACCAGCUUAGGAAGCACCUGUCGCACCUUCUGAGUAUCAAGCAACUUGGAGCAGGAGAUGUACUCAGAUGGAAGCAAGUGUGCACGGCACUGCUCCUUCAGGUUUGGAGGAAGGAACUGGAACUUAAGCUCCCAAAGGCCAUCGCAGUAAACAGGAUGCCCAAGAGUCCAUCCAAAGGCACCCUAGGCACAAAGCCCACCAAGCACUCAGUGCUCAAGCAAAUCUACGGUUGUUCUCAAGAAGGGAAAAUACAUCAUUCCACAAGACCUUCAAAAGCCCCUGCUGUAUUGCGUCUCAAUUCAGUGAGCAACUUGCAGUGUAUCCAUCUCCUUGAGAGCAGUGGAAAAUCAAGGAACUUUUCUUACAAUCUGCAAUCAACUUCUCAAUCAAAAAACAAACCAAAGCUUUAACUUUUGACCGCCUGUGAAGACUGAAAUCAGUGCACAGUUAAAUCUUGAGAAAGCUUUAGUAUCCAUGCCUAAAAGCUAUAUUACCAUGAACAUCUGUUAAUUGAAAGAAAAUGCCCACAUCUCCUCUCUGCUCUUACACAGCACUGUUUUGUAAAUCACCUCAGCUGAACUGAAAGGACAGAAGCAAACCAUGCUCAUGCAUACUGCCCAGCUGUGUGACUUCACCUAAGCCAGUAUGGCUGGAAAUGAGAACUGGUAACAGUAAAGUAAAACAAGAACAUGUGUGCUAAAGGGGAUAUGGGGCUGGAAUUUCUUACAGCGGGUUAGCAUAGGCUCAACUGAAACCUAAAAUCAGCCACCUACAUCUCACUCCUUCCUGGGAGUCAACGGCAACAUAUGUGACAGAUGCCACAUCCUCAACCUUAUCAGUUUUAAAUUUAGGUAAGAGUCAUGGCCCACCGUUUGCAUUUAGAAACUGUCUGUAGGCCUGUAAGCACUCUGUUGAUUACUUACGUUUUUCGGUUCCCAUGUUAACCUUGCAAGGCCACAGGUUGCAGCCAUGUCCUUGCUGAUGGCAUUCUCACUACUAAGCAGAACCAGCAGAGUCACAGGAUGGAGGAAUCAGUCAGGUAGGGUUUACAUUCAUGCAAAAAGGUGCCAACUCAGGUCUCAACAUCCCCCUUGUAUUUUAUGACCAACUCACAGAGGUGAGCAGUUUUCUCAAAGUGCCCUUCCUCUUGGCAGGGAAACUACAGAUUUUUGAGUCUGUAAGAAUACCUAGCUUAAGUGAAAUACAGUGACUAUGGGCCCUUUCACAUUUAAGGAUAAGGCUGCUGUGGAAAUAAAAGGCAUAAACAACAUCACAUCAUGCUCACAUGGAUUUUUAGGCUUACUUCUGUUUUUUUCUUAGCAGUGUCA